AUGCGAGAAAGCAACAGCAAUGAAAGCAUUCUUAUGAAAAACUUUCUGAUACGAUCAAAAUCAGACAGUUUAAAUUUUAAUUCUCACGCAAGUGUUACUUCACCCAAUGAUCCAAAAUUUGACAUGCGCUUCAGCCAAUGGGACGCAUGGCCAUGGCAAGCUCAAUGCAUCAAACCGCCAAGUUCUCAAAUGUCAAAAUCUGCUUGGUCAGCAACAGAUGAAUUCAUGAUAGAAAAUCCUGGUCAAUCAUUUUCUCACUGCAAAUGUUGCGGCGACUUUUUGGCAGCUCACAAAGCACUUCUGAUUGGCUUGACUAUUGGUGCAUUAUUAGCUGCAGUAGGUUUAGCAACUGUUACUUCAAUGUGGUUGAUUUCGACAUUUACGACGACAACAACAAUAUCAAAUAGUGACACAAUGACAACAACAACAACGGUGACCACCACAAGUACCAUAACAACUACCACGGUGACCACCACAACUACCAUAACAACUACCACGGAGACUACAACUACUACGACCGUCACAACUUCUACAGUCACCACUACCACUGUAACUACCACAACACCACUUUGUACAACUCAAACUUACUCUAGCUCUUUCACAAGUGGGGUAGCUCCAACAUCGGCCCAAUGUACAGCAUGGGGUACAUUUCGAACUUCAUUAACUUGCUCGAGUUAUACACUCCUACAAUUCUACGGUUCGGCUAGUUCAAGUGGUUUGAAUGUUACUGAUUCAACUGUCGUAAAUGGUAUUGCUGCAGCACUCUUGAAUUAUAGCACUUACGGUCCGAUAACAUCAAAUGGAUACUCGUGGGCAGUUGAUGUCUGUGCCGGUAGUGUAGAAUUAACUGUUGGAGGCACCUGCACGUGCUCAGCCACAUACGCUAUUCGAGCAUGUAUUACAAAUGGAAAUUGGGGUGGAAUUAGUGGUACGUCAACAUGCAGUCAAGCAAGCCAAACAAUUACAGUUAAAUUUUCAUGA